AUGUCCUCCACUCCCCAGCUAGCGCAAUCCCCCGGGGUCGCUGAACAGGCCGUCAUAGUCCCCAUCAAUCGAUCGUUCACGGAUGGUAGCGACUCAACCUGGCCCAAGGAUCCUAAGUAUGGGAGACCGGACGAUAGUGUUUAUCGCGAGAAGCUGGCCAAAUUAUGGUUGCAGAAGACUGGGGCUUAUGAAAUUGGUACACACUAUAUACUGGACACUCUACCCGAAGGCUACGCGCUUCUUGAUCGACCGCGUAUGACGAAGCCCAAUAUUCGCGAUAAAUUCCUCUGGGGUCACCCUCUCGGACAAUAUUUCUUCUCGCCCGUCCAUUUCUUUCCUCAUUUCUACUAUCUUAUGACCGGGGGGAAGACUCCCUGUCAAUGUGCUCUCUGCGAGAAAAUGACAAGCCUUUCCAAAGGACGGAAAAAGCCCGGUCGGCCUGUAGGAAGCCAUGUGAUUGACGGCCAUUUGGUGAGACCGGAUGGAUCGAUCGGACCAGCCGUCAAAGCUGCACGAACACCGGGGAGACCUGGUCGACCGCCUGGCCGACCCCCAGGAAGGCCAUCGAUGGGGCCGGGAACGCCAGGAGCGUCGGUAGGAAGACCACCUGGGAGACCUCCAGGAAGGCCCUCUGCCAUGUUCUCAUCGAUGACACCACGUCCGAUAGCCGUUGACAGCGAAGGGACCACGGAUGUGUUCAAGACGGCAAUCGUGGAACUCAGAAAACGGGGAAGCCUAGAGAAAGCGAUCACCGAGAACGAUAGUAUGGACUGGCGGGCCGAGAAAACGAAACUGGCCGAAUUGAUCGAGGGAUUUAGCAUGCAGCCCGCCUACCUGCCGCGAAUCGGUGAAGUUGUGCUCUGGAUGCCUGAUUUCGAGGGCGAGCUGGCCUGGAACUCGGAAACGAGGCACAUUGAACUCUAUUCUCCAACCGAGCAGCGAUGGCUGGGAACUUCUCAAUGGCGCGCGGGCGUCGUGGGCCAAGUGCCCGAAGAAGAUACGGUACUCCAAGACCUGCACAGCACAACCUACAAGGAUUCGGAGGUGAACUACUCAGGAUUCCGCGUGGAGACGUUCCCCGACCCGCACAGCAUCGACAAAAGCUACUCACUCCACUACAAAUACGUUCCUCUCAAGUGCAUCAAGCCGUUCAACUCCUACGAGAUGUUCCUGCAAGGCACCUCUCGUCAGGCUCUCCACCCCUCCAUCGAAUACGCCAUGACCAUCAUGUCCUCAUUCAGCCUUCUCGAUAAAUACUACUUCAAAGGCACUUGGCCCGACGCUUCGAUUUACUGCCGGGGGAUCUUCCUAGGUGCUGAGCUGCUCGCCGUCGGAGAUGUCGUCCGACUGAAACCCAAAGCCACCCACGCUGACCCACAACAAUCGCAACCGACAACCGUCACCGACGUCAUGGUCAUCGACGAAAUCCGCCUUAAUCUCAUCCAAUGUGACGACCACCUGAAAUCCGAGCACCUGGCCGAGCGCAUCGAAGUGCGCAUACGCGGGAAAGUCUACUCCAACAGCUCCAAACGCGCAUACUACGCGCGGCCUUUCCUCCUCCAAGACCCCAAAUCCAUGGCCCCUGACGAAGUCUCCGACGCCUUCCACUACAUCGGCAUGGGCGGGUACGGCUCAUGGUACCGACUCUGGUCUGGCGCCAGCGUCGAGGUCUCCCAAGACAUGAUCCUCGGCCGAUGCUACGAGCCCGAUGCCAUGCAGCUCCUCUUCGGCCGGUUAUCCUUGGGCUUAGAUCUUCACGGCGUGCUGAACGGCCGCGCCUACUCGCGCCAAGCCGACCAGCGCAUCGCGCCGGGUCGCAACUGGUUCUGGGGCGACUUCCGCACCCAGACGCUCGCCCUCGACUCCCUCAACGGCGAAGACGUCGGCUACUACAGCGAAAUCCGCGACAUGGCCAUGUGGCGUGCCAACCUGCGCAUCGUCGACGGCACCGCGGGGCCGGCUGAUUUCCGAGAGGCCAAGAUCCCGGGCGACGUUGGGCGACCGGCCACGAAAUCGCGAUCCAGCUUCGCCGAGGUCGGCAAGCUGAGCAUGCUGGUCAGCACGGGUCUCGGGGCGGGGGACACAAGUAAUAACGUGAGUUCUGCGGAAGAGGAACCGUUGGAAUCGUUAGAGUCGGGGGGUAUAGAGAGCGGAGAUGUUGAAGACGAGGAAGACGAAUCGGAGGAAUUGGAGGACUUCACCCUCCGGAUGGAUCAACUCCGUGGUGGGACUGAGGAGUCAGAGGGAGGCGAUUAUAAACCUGGACUUUGA